AUGGCCUUCCUCAAAUUCUUCUUUCAGACUGCGUUGGUGCUGGAGGAGGUGGUGAUUCUGUUGCCCGAUGAUCCGACGAAUCGUAUGUAUCGCAAGAUUGUGUUCCUGAGGUACAUCGAACGGGCCAGUGAAGCGUCCCUACUGUGGGCAAGCAAGUCUGUUCCUCGAGGCUACCUUUGGAGCAUCAAGAGAGCAUCUGAUUUCUCCCUCGGCGACCCUUUUGCAAACUACUAUCACAUUGGGUUGCAUCACCUCGGCUAUCAUCAUGAGGAGUAA